AUGGGUGGAUCUGGAGCCGUUAGCUUCCUUAAAGUGCUGGCCAAAAAUUUCGAUGUUCUUGCUGGAUAUGCUUCGAUUAGGGCCAUCGAGACAAAAUCGCCAGUUGAUGAUCAGCAAUGGCUCACUUAUUGGGUUCUUUACUCUAUGAUUACCCUUUUUGAGCUUACUUUUGCAAAGCUUAUUGAAUGGUUACCUUUCUGGUCUUACAUAAAGCUAAUAUUCACCUGCUGGCUGGUCAUACCGUACUUCAGUGGGGCUGCAUAUGUUUACGAGCAAUAUGUUAGGCCUUAUUUGGUUACUCGGCAAAAGACAGUCAAUAUCUGGUACGUCCCGAGGAAGAAGGAUAUUUUCGGCAAGCCGGAUGAUAUUCUAACGGCUGCAGAAAAAUACAUCCAAGAAAACGGGCCCGAAGCAUUCGAAAAGAUGAUUAACAAGUCAAGAGAAACUACUACCCAGACCAGCAAAUACUCGUUUUAUGACGACAACUAUAGAUAUGAGGAAGACUAUAGCAUGGGCAAUUGCCUCCUAAAGGACAAUCAAGUCGUGUUGGAAAUCAAUGAGGUUAGAAACAACUCUCAAGAAUACAUCCGAAGGGAGGAAGAUCAAGUCGAAUGGCAUAAUAAUGGCUCGAUAGUUUGUUCUAUAAACAACGAGGCCAACCACGCCGGGUUUCAAGAUCAUCAACACGCGUUCGGAUUUGACGAGAAUAUUGAGAUGGAUGAAAUUCAUAAUAAACGACCUUUACAUCGAGCCCCACAUCUAGCUUUCAUGGAAAAAGACAAUCAAAGGAGCCACCCAUUACCAACUCCAGACCUUGCACCACAUCCUCAAUGGCCCCACAAACACCAUACAAAUUCAAUCUUGCCAUUGCCCAGGCAAGAACUAACACAUAACCAUAAAUACGAAGAGUCAAGUUCGAUUUCACCACAAACGGUUCUAUCUGAUGCUGCGGAAAGCGAGAUACUCUCAUCCCCAUACCUAAAGCCGUUUGCACUAUCCGUACUUAUAAAUGCCACGUCAAACUUUAGUGAGGAUUGUCUACUCGGGGAAGGUGGGUUCGGAUGCGUUUACAAAGGAUGGUUGGAUUUCGAAACCUUAAAUGCCGCAAGGCCGGGAUCGGGUUUACCCGUCGCUAUCAAGAGGCUAAUACUUUAUGGCUUUCAAGGUCACAAAGAGUGGUUGUCCGAAGUGAACUAUUUAGGUCGUCUUCACCAUCCAAACCUAGUCAAGCUCAUCGGAUAUUGCAUCGAAGGUGACGAUCGGAUUUUGGUUUACGAAUAUAUGUCUGGUGGCAGCUUGGAGAAGCAUUUGUUCAAAAGACAUUCUCCAUCACUUUCAUGGGCGAGAAGGAUAAAGGUGGCUUUGGAUGCGGCUCGUGGUCUUUGUUUCUUGCACGAGUCAGAGUCUCCCGUCAUAUAUCGUGAUUUUAAGACAUCGAAUAUAUUGUUAGAUUCGGAAUUUAAUGCAAAGCUUUCAGAUUUUGGACUGGCAAAAGCUGGUCCAACUGAAUCUCAAACUCAUGUAUCUACAAGAGUUAUGGGCACUCAAGGCUAUUGUGAUCCAUGGUAUCUAUCCACAGGUAAGUUGACAUUGAAAUGCGACGUGUAUAGUUUCGGUGUUGUGUUGCUCGAGCUUCUUACCGGGCGUCGUGCCAUAGACGAAACAAAGUGCCACGAAGAGAAGAACCUUGUGAGUUGGGUAAAGCUUCAUUUACACGACAAUGGCAAGAUUUUCAGGAUUAUGGACACUAAGUUAGAGGGUCAAUAUUGUAAGAGAAGUGCUUAUGUUGCUGCAAAUAUCGCACUGCGUUGUGUUAGUCACGAGCCCAAAUAUCGGCCUCCGAUGACUUAUAUUUUGGAAAUUCUGGAAAAUCUUCCUUCCCAUAAAAACCAUCAUCAUCAAAAUUGAAUGAAAAGAAAAAAAAAAAAGAGCU